AAUUUUUAGGGUAAAAUCCCAGCAGUCCGUCAAAACCUGCUAUAUAAUUCGCCGGGAAAGUUUGUUUUUACAAGCCUCGCUCGGCUUCUACGGGUUUUCGUUAGUCAUCUCGAUCAGCAAGAUCUGUAAAAUAUACCUGUUAUCCGUAUUUUUCGGAGAUUUUAAAUAUGGACAGGGAAGACAGAAGUCUCAUCGACCAGUUUUUUCCUCAACUUGCUCAGGACAUAAUUCCCGUAGAUAUGUUGCCUUAUUUGCCGUGUUUAACACAGACUGACAAGGAAGGUAUCAAGAGCGAGGAAGUCAACAGAGGUCCUUACAGGGCUACCAUAUUGUUACUGGAUCGAAUUCAGAGACGAACCAAUGGCUUUCAAGAGCUAGUUGACGCGCUGAGAUGGACGGGCUGUGAACAUUUAGCGGAUCUUCUUGUUCCGGGAGGAGAAGGUAGGUGGAGGAUGAGAAAUAUAUAUAUAUAUAUACAUAGUACUAAUAUGAACAACUGAAUGAUGCUUAUUUUUUAAAAUAUUAUAUGGUGAUCAUAUAGUGAUAUCAUACAGCGCUAAGUAAUGCCAGCCUCCGGUUUUAAUAGUGCAGUUAUAGUAACAUGAAAAAUUCUCAUGAAUUCACUGAAAACAUUCAGUCACUUCAUUUUUAUUAAGGUCAAAACGUAUUUCUGUUAUUGGCUAUUGUUUUUGUUUUGUUUUUUUGCGCUUCUUGAGCGCUGUUGGUAGAUACUUCAGAGAAAAAAAAAGUGAAAUUACAGAAUUUCAAGUUACUAAAUGAAUAAAACUAUCCUGCAAGGCUAACGGAGACGACGUACGGUAACUACUUAAAAUCGGCAAUUCGAUGCUAUCACUUCAGGGUUUAAUCUCUUCUGAUGUUGCUUAAUUUUGUCUCGCUUGAUUUACCGCAAAACAAGCUAAGUUGAAACAUUGAAGCCUCUUUACCUGUAAAUCAAAUACAGAGUCGUUAGGAGAGAAAAAGGCGGUAUUAUAGACACACUGUUAAUAUUUGUGACCGUUCUCAUGCACUUAUUUCCCUCUUUACAGUCUCUCCAGUCGACCUCUCCUUCAACUUCAUGCUUUUCCCAUGACCGGAAGUUGGAUGUACUGCCCUUUUCCCUUUAUACUCCGGGUCAGUUGUUUAUUGUGAAAUUGAAAAAUGUUCGGUUCUUCUCUUUCCAGAAGGUCAUCAUAUAGACGAUCCGCCAGAAAUAGACCAGAGACGAGGUCCUGCGGAAAUACAACUUCAGCCUUUAGACCAAGUAAAUAACUGACUGCAUUUUAGAAUACUUUCAGUUUGUCGUUGAAUUUUCCUUUGCUCCGACAGGUUUUUUUCCGGGUUCUACGGUUUUCCCCGCUCCUCAAAAACCAACACUUUCAAAUUCCAAUUCGACCACUGGCAACAAUCAGGCAGACGAAAAACCAGCACCACGUGGAUGUACUACAUUUUAAUCGUUAUUGAUUAAUUUACUUCUUUGACUUCUGAGCCUUUUUGUUUCGGUUUUCUGUAAUCGACAAUUACUAAGAAGACAUGAACCUCUGCCUCCGUUUCAAUAAAUCCCCGGGUGAAUAGAUUUGAAACCGAAAAAUAAUCUCCCGCAGUCUUUUCGUACGGUGAAGAUUUAACGCUACGCGUUAUGGCUUUUUAUGAUAGGAAACUGGCAUCUUGAAAAUUCUACGCCUAACUUCUGAGGGAUAA